AUGCCGCUCGCCGUCCGGAUUCUACCAGUCGCGUUGUGGGCCAUACAUGUCGCUGGCGCAUACGAUGCAACGGUCUGUGACCAGAAGAGCUAUACGAGCCCCUUGGACAACUUGACCUUUAACCCAAAUGCGUGGAACCCCGAUGGCACGGGCUUCCAGUGCAUCUCCGUUCAAGACUCACCGCCGGCGUUCUGGGCGACAUGGGCGUGGUCGUCGAAUCCGCAAUCUGUCCAUUCUUACCCCCACGUCAAAUUAACCUCACCUACCCUCCCAACACCCUUAUCCAACAUCUCGGCACUCAGUCUCACCGCACGGUGGUCAUUGGGCCCUGGGUCAAUGGCGCUGCCUGGCCUCCGAAUCGAUGCCAGUGGCUUGGCUGAUAUGGACGUGUCCGCCAAUGUCGCCUUUGACAUAUUUGCUGAUCGCAAUUAUGCCAGCUCCAAGAACGAGACGACGGCAGAAACAGAGAUCAUGAUCUGGCUUGCCAAGUUUGGCUCCGCCCAGCCCCUAGGAUUCAGCCCCAAGAGGACAUGCUUCACUCAAGAGCUCGGCGGCAUCCCUUUCGUUCUCUACGAGGGCCGGAACGGGAGGGGAACCGACGUGUUUACAUGGGUGGCGGCAACGAACGAGACAGGGUUUACUGCCGACAUCUCGCCCCUCCUCCAAUAUCUAUGGCGCAACGGUCUAGUCUCUGCAGACUCUAAUGUAGGACUCGUCUCGUUUGGAUCCGAAGCCUACCACUCGCGCGGCAAUGUCACUUUUUCGGCAUCUCGGUUUGACAUGCACCUAGUGACGGGCUUAGCUCCGCCGCUCGUAGUUGAGCAGCUUCCGAUGGCUUGUUCUCGUGCAGUUUCUACCCACAUCCAAGGAUCAUGGCUGUUUUUCAUGUCGAUCAUCGGGAUUGCUGCCUCUGCACUUUAUCCUUUCUAA